AUGCCAACUGCAACCGCUCAUCACGAACAAGUCCAAGCACAGAAACAACCACAGGACAUCAACGAACAACAACAACACUCACCAAUACGGCUCACAGGACAGAUCGUCCACUCAAGACGAUGCUACAAACGACUCUUCUUCAUCGACCUGCGGACACAAGAACCUAACAACAGGUGCACAAUCCUAUUCCGUUCAGACGAUACUCGCUCCAACUUGCCUCGGUCACUCACAGAUCACGAUCUGGUCUCCUGCUGGAAAAAGGUCCGUUGUGGAGACACUAUCAACCUCGAGGUCUUUGACGCAUCCCAGGACGAGCAAGCUUGUCGGGAGCAUGAGGUCUAUCAGGCUACCGAUUUCACCGUCCUCAAGGCAUGGCCAGGCGACGACCCAUUCCCCACCGAACCCGCCAUGGGACUCAAACAGCAAGUCAACACCACCAACAACAACAGCAAGAACAAAGUCACUGCCUCACCCUCCACCUAUAACACAUCCCCUACUUUAACAACACGCCCAACAGCACCAACAACAGCAACCGCCUCAACGCCAGUAUGGACGGACUAUUGCAAGUUUUGGAUCAACUCGCAAAAGUGCCUGAAGCAGGACUGUAAGAAGUUACACCCGACCGGAGAUGACUAUGCCCGGAUACAGGAAAUGUGGGUGAGGGAACGGACUCUGGCCCGGCGAGAGAGAUCCAAACUUCAGGACGACCCACACUCGAUCCCAUCCAAGGUCCCACAUUCUCAGCGGGCGUUUAUUUUCUGUCGUUGGCUGGUCGAUACGUUUGGGCGAGAGUACCUCAAUUCUGGGUCAGGAGUUCUGGAUGUUGCUGGUGGUAAGGGCGAGAUCUCAUUGUUCCUCAAGCAUAUGUUUGGGGUCCAUUCAACCGUUGUCGAGCCUAAUGUCCGCAAAGACAAGUCAUAUCAGCGGCGGAAUCUUAUGGAUGUCAUUCAGAGGCAGCUUGACAUUGAGGCAGGAGGCGAUGGCAACAUUCACCAGCGCUGGUCCCCUGUCCAGUCUACUUCUAGUGCAGAGAACCAACAGGAGGAUGAGCAGAAGGAUGAGGAAGUUGACAGAGUGAAGGAGAGACGGCGGAUCAAAAAGGAACAGGAGGCGCAGUUUGUGGUUCCGAGGCUGUGUACGAUCCUGGACGAGCAAUUUGCAGUGGACCAGAAGGAUGUGUUUGAGAGUGCGUCUAUUUUGAUUGGCAUGCACCCAGAUCAGGCAACAGAGCCAAUUGUGACCAUGGCGCUCAAGCACAACAAACCGUUUGCAGUUGUCCCCUGCUGUGUCUUUGCACACGAAAACCCUGACCGGAGACUGAUCGAUGGUGGCGAGGUGAAGACUACGCUUGAUUUCAUCCAGUACCUUACAGAGAAGGACACUUUUAUGCAUGAAAGUGGUGGUGGUGGUGGUCCUAGCCAGUUUGAACCGGUCAGCAGGCAGUUUCUGCCCUUUGACGGCAUGAACAUUGUCCUCUUCCGCGGUGGCACCACUGUGUAG